UGAGAGACAGUAGAUUUUCACUGUUUCAAGCCUAAAAAAAAAAAGUAUUAUUUCAUGGCCUACGCUCAGGGACUCUCAAGUUCUUGCCUCUUCCUAUCCCCCAAGGGUGCUCCACAGGGGUUUCAACAAUCUUUGGGUUUGAGCUUACCGUUUACAAAUUCAAGAAUCAACAGUAGCUUACAAACGCGAAUUUUUGUGGAGAUGCGCGAAGACAGUGCUCCAAUGACUAGUGAUCACUCUAAGAAGAUGAAAAUUCCACACGUACUAACUGUUGCUGGCUCUGACUCGGGAGCUGGUGCUGGAAUCCAGGCUGAUCUUAAGGCCUGUGCAGCGCGAGGAGUGUACUGUUCCACUGUGAUAACGGCUGUCACUGCACAGAACACUGUUGGGGUUCAGGGUGUAAGUGUUGUGCCUGAGGAUUUCGUGGCAGAGCAGCUUAAGUCUGUGUUAUCAGAUAUGCAAGUUGAUGUUGUGAAGACAGGCAUGCUACCCUCUAUUGGCAUUGUCAAUGUUCUUAGUCAAGGUCUAAGGGAGUUUCCAGUUCGAGCUUUAGUGGUUGAUCCUGUUAUGGUAUCUACAAGUGGAGAUGUACUAGCUGGUCCUUCCAUUCUUGAUGGAUUUAGAGAGCAGCUUCUUCCUAUCGCUGAUAUAGUCACGCCAAAUUUAAAAGAGGCAUCUGCGUUACUUGGUGGUCAGCAACUAGAAACGGUCGCUGACAUGUGUUCUGCUGCAAAACUGUUGCAUGACAUGGGCCCACGAAAUGUACUUGUCAAAGGUGGUGACCUCCCUGAUUCAUUGGAUGCUGUUGAUAUUUUCUUUGAUGGUAAGGACUUCCAUGAGCUGCAUUCCUUGCGCAUUAAAACUCGCAACACUCAUGGUACUGGUUGCAGCUUGGCUUCAUGUAUAGCGGCUGAGCUGGCAAAAGGCUCUUCCAUGCUGCCAGCUGUUAAGGUAGCUAAACACUAUAUCAAGACGGCUUUGGAUUACAGCAAAGACAUUGCCAUUGGAAAUGGGCCUCAAGGCCCCUUCGACCACCUACUUAGGCUUAAGAGUUACCUUCAUAAUUCAUGCAGGCAAGUGGGAUUUAAUCCAAGUGACUUGUUCCUGUAUGCUGUUACAGACUCUAGGUUGAAUAAAAAGUGGGGCCGUUCCAUUACAGAUGCUGUUAAAGCUGCCAUAGACGGAGGUGCAACCAUUAUUCAAUUGAGGGAAAAGGAUGCUGAAACACAGGAAUUUUUGGAAGCAGCAAAAGCGUGUCUCAAAAUAUGCCAUUCACAUGGAGUACCUUUACUGAUUAAUGACCGCAUUGAUGUUGCGCUUGCUUGUGAUGCUGAUGGUGUUCAUGUUGGUCAGUCAGACAUGCCUGCUUGUGUGGCCCGUACUCUUCUUGGCCCUGAUAAGAUCAUUGGUGUAUCAUGCAAGACACCCGAGCAAGCCCAUCAGGCAUGGAUUGAUGGUGCUGACUACAUUGGGUGUGGUGGCGUAUAUCCAACUAAUACAAAGGAAAACAAUCUAACUGUUGGUCUGGAUGGGUUGAAAACUGUUUGUGUAGCUUCUAAGUUACCUGUGGUUGCGAUUGGUGGUAUUGGUGCUUCAAAUGCAAGUUCUGUGAUGGAAAUUGGUGUGCCGAAUCUGAAAGGAGUUGCUGUUGUCUCAGCUCUUUUUGAUAGGGAAUGUAUUCUUUCAGAGACUAGGAAGUUGCGUGCGAUUCUAACAGAGUCAAUGUCAAUGCAGAGAACAUAUUGAAGCUAGUUUGGAUCAUGCUCUGCAGAUUUAAGGUAUCACACCAGUAGAGAGAUUCUGGGGCUGAAUGCAUCUUUCAAUUAUAUUCAAAUAUUAUAUUAUUGGUAAAAGAGAUCGAUCACAUUCAUUUUAUGACCUUUUGUUUUCUUGACUACUUUCGUUGGUUCUUCUAGUCCAAAUGAGAACAGUUGAUGUGGGAAAGGCACAAAUGGACAUGCUGUUUGUAUCAUACUUCAUGGCCUUGGUUGUGUUUUGGCCCAUGAUUUUUGUUGCAAUCGACAAAAGGCAAGUCGUUGCCUUAAUUUGAGCCAACCAUAUGUUGUACUUGUAAAAGAUGAAUUAGCUUUUGAGGAUUAUUAUCAUGGGUUUUGCUUGGAUAGUCCAUCUAAAAUUUGAUGAAUAUGUUGCUUUUCAGUUGCUUAA